UCCCACCUCUCCCUCCUGUCCAAGAGGAAGAAGCAUCUGGGCAGCUAGCUCUUCCGAUUCGUCUCCCUCCUCUCCCCAGAGCCCCCCUCUCCACCUGCUCCGGUCAGCCUCCCCGCCUGCCACCUUGGGGUUCCUCCCCGUCACGGGGCCGCCCUCUCCUGGCGCAUCCCCGGAUUUCUCUGUUCCCCUUUUGGGCGGACGUCUUGGGAAUCCGACGCCUUGAGGGGGUGGGUGGGUUCCUGGUUCCGGCGCGGCGGCGUGCGCGACCUUUGCUUCCGAAAGGAGGGUUUUUUAGUGGGUUUUAAGGGAAGGAACUCGGGGACUGCGAGGCGUUCAUGGGUUAGAUCUGGCGGUCCGGCGCCGCGGAUCUGAGCGAGGUUUUGGCGGAGGGAUCGGGGCCGGGAGGUCGCCAUCUUUGGCUCAUUUCGGUCAAGCGCUCAUUUUGAGUAGCUUGGGCGUCUCAUGUCCAAAUAGGGUAUGGAUGACAGAUGCAGUAGCUGUCGGAAGGAGCCUUGGUCGCAGAUCUGAAAGCUAUUCUGCCCCCUUGUUCUGUUGACCUGCUUGCUGACCUGCAGAAUGGAGUGGAUGAUAACGAUUCCUGUUGUUUGACUGUCAGUAGUUGCUGCUUAGUGUUUGUUUCAAGAAUUUAGCUGUUGGGGGAAGUCACCAUGACCUACUUCCCUGAAGAGGUGGUGGAGCACAUAUUCAGCUUCUUGCCGUCGCACAGCGACCGGAACACGGUUUCCCUGGUGUGCAAGGUGUGGUAUGAGAUCGAGAGGCUGAGCCGGCGUGCUGUCUUUGUGGGGAACUGCUAUGCGGUGCGUCCCGAGCGUGUGGUGCUGCGGUUCCCCAAUGCAAGGGCGCUGACAGUGAAGGGGAAACCGCACUUUGCGGACUUCAACCUCGUGCCGCCUGAUUGGGGUGGCUACGCGGCGCCAUGGAUUGAGGCGUUAGCGAGGGGCUGCGUGGGUCUUGAGGAGCUGCGGAUGAAGCGGAUGGUGGUGUCAGAUGAGAGCCUUGAGCUGCUGGCUCGUUCGUUCCUUCGAUUCAGGGCCCUCAUCCUUAUAAGCUGCGAGGGAUUUAGCACCGAUGGGCUAGCAGCUAUUGCGAGUCACUGCAAGCUCCUGAGGGAGUUAGAUUUGCAGGAAAAUGAUGUGGAGGACCGUGGGCCUAGGUGGCUCUCCUGCUUCCCUGAUUCCUGUACUUCGCUUGUCUCCUUGAAUUUCGCCUGCAUCAAAGGGGAGGUGAAUUCUGGUUCAUUGGAGAGACUUGUUGCUAGGUCUCCAAACCUACGCAGUUUGAGGUUGAAUCGAUCUGUAUCAGUAGAUACGCUGUCAAAGAUACUACUACGCACCCCUAAUUUGGAGGACUUGGGGACAGGGAAUUUGACAGAUGAGUUCCAAACUGAAUCCUACUUCAGGCUGACUAGUGCUCUGGAGAAAUGCAAAAUGUUGAGGAGUUUGUCUGGAUUUUGGGAUGCUUCUCCUGUUUGUGUUCCAUUUAUCUAUCCCCUCUGUCAUCAACUAACAGGUCUAAACUUGAGCUAUACUCCCACACUGGAUGCUUCUGAUCUCACUAAAAUGAUCAGCUGCUGUGUGAAACUCCAACGUCUUUGGGUACUGGAUUGCAUCUCAGACAAGGGUUUGCAAGUGGUGGCAUCCAGCUGCAAAGAUCUACAAGAACUCAGGGUGUUCCCAUCAGAUUUUUAUGUUGCUGGUUAUUCUGCAGUGACAGAAGAGGGACUUGUUGCAAUAUCGUCAGGCUGCCCAAAACUGAGCUCUUUGCUGUAUUUCUGUCACCAAAUGACCAAUGAUGCACUAAUUACUGUAGCUAAGAACUGCCCAAAUUUCAUACGGUUUAGACUCUGUAUUCUUGAACCAAGGAAGCCGGAUGCCAUGACAAACCAGCCGUUAGAUGAAGGCUUUGGUGCAAUUGUUCGUGAAUGCAAGGGGUUAAGACGACUGUCAAUAUCGGGUCUCCUCACUGACAAGGUUUUCAUGUAUAUUGGAAAAUAUGCAAAAUACCUUGAGAUGCUUUCUAUAGCAUUUGCUGGAGAUAGUGAUAAGGGGAUGAUGCAUGUUAUGAAUGGAUGCAAGAAUCUAAGGAAGCUGGAGAUUAGAGACAGUCCAUUUGGUGAUGUUGCACUCUUGGGGAAUGUUGCCAAGUAUGAGACAAUGCGAUCCCUUUGGAUGUCAUCAUGCAAUGUCACAUUAAAGGGGUGCCAAGUCCUUGCAUCGAAGAUGCCGAUGCUCAAUGUGGAGAUCAUGAAUGAACUAGAUGGAAGCAGUGAAAUGGAGGAAAACCAUGUAGAUCCCUCUAAAGUGGAGAAAUUAUAUGUUUACCGCACAACUGCUGGAGCGAGGGAUGAUGCACCAAAUUUUGUUAAAAUCCUAUAGAGCUGGCUGAGAGUAGCCUGGUAUCUUGUCACUCUAAAAGAUGGUCGGAAAUCCGGCAGGCUGGGGGCCGCGGCAACAGUGGUAAGUUCUUGAAUCGUCUCCCCUUUGCAGGGUAUCAGGAAAAGCUACACUGCUGUGUGCCCUUAUCUUGGAGCAGCAACUGGCCGGGAUCCAUCAUCAUCCCCUGUACCACCGCCCCCUUUUAGUGUUUGGUCAUAUGGUCACUGAGACCCUUUUAUCUCCUGUGCAUUCUCACUCGAGAGGACUGCCUUUUCUUUUCUUUUCUUUUCUUUUCUCCCCCAGUAUUCUGUAGCGUACCCAUCUCUACUUGCUUUUGACAUUGGUGCAGUGGACUGUGUUGCUGCUGCUGUUGUAGUGUUUGUUUCAACCUGGAUGAUCCGGACAUUCCGGGACGAAGAUUGGUUUCUUGCUCCUGUGAAUGCAGUGCGUGGAAUAAUUUGCGGUUUAUC